AUGGCACCACUCGUAUUUCAAGGUAGUGAGAAUUUCCGUUUAAGAUUAAUACUGGCUACAUUAGCUGGUAAACCUAUUAGAAUCGAAAAUAUUAGGUCAAACGCCCUUGAUCCAGGUUUAAAAGACUAUCAUGUAUCAUUCUUAAGAUUAUUAGAAGCAGUAACAAACGGUUCCAAGAUGGAAAUUUCGUAUACAGGUACUACUGUUAUUUAUACCCCAGGUAUUAUUAUUGGUGGUUCACAUUCUCAUAAAUGUCCCAAUUCUAAGCCAGUUGGUUAUUUCGUUGAGCCACUAUUAUAUUUAGCACCAUUUUCUAAAAAGAAAUUCUCCAUUGUAUUUAAAGGUAUUACAGCAUCUCACAACGAUGCAGGUAUUGAGGCUAUUAAAUGGGGUAUGAUGCCAAUAAUGGAAAAAUUUGGUGUUCGAGAGUGUGCAUUACAUACAUUGAAGCGUGGGUCUCCACCAAAUGGUGGUGGUGAAGUUCAUCUAAUUGUUGACACUCUAUUAGCUCAACCGAUAACAAUUCAUGAAUUAGAAAGACCAAAAAUCAUGGCUAUUAAAGGUGUUUCAUAUUCAACAAGAGUUAGUCCCUCAAUGGUAAAUAGAACUAUUGAUGGAGCCAGAAAAGUUUUGAGAAAUAUUGGGUGUGAAGUUGAUAUUACAGCAGAUGUUUGGAGAGGUGAAAAUUCAGGUAAUAGUCCAGGCUGGGGAAUAACUUUGGUUUCACAGGGACAAAGAGGUUGGUGUACUUUUUCUGAAGUUAUAGGUGAUGCAGGUGAAGUUCCAGAAGAAAUUGGUAUGAAAGCUGCCUAUUCUUUGUUGGAGGAAAUUUCAAACAGUGCUGUUCUUGGGAGACCACAACUACCUCUAGCGAUUGUCUUUAUGGUCAUUGGUAAGGAAGAUAUUGGUAGACUAAGAAUAUCAAGAGCACAGAUAGAUGAACGUUUUAUUCAACUCCUGAGGGAUAUUAAAACAGUAUUUGGUAUUGAAGCAUUUUUAAAAGAUGUCGAUGAUCCAGAUAGUGACGAUUUUAUCGUUACUAUUAAGGGUGUUGGUUUUACCAAUACUAGUAAAAAAAUUGCAUAG